AUGCCAGUUACGAGAAGGAGUAAAAGUACAGGUAAGCGAGUGGAUGUGGCUGCCCAAGAAGGGACCAGCCAACCACCACCUAGUCAAGCUGUUCAAGGUGAGGCUCAAGAUGAGUCUCUAUCACAGACUUCCCCGACCCCUCCAUCGCCAGAAGAACUAAGGAGGGAAGCUGCACCUCAAGAACCCCCUAUUAAUGCUACUGAGCAAGAUUUGAGGAAUGCAGUCCAAUUGUUGACUCGUAUAGUUGUUGGCCACAGCCAAAGGCAAGAAGGUCCAAUUGCGGGUAUUAGUAGUGUAGAUAGAGCGGCUGGCACGCGGAUACGUGAUUUCCUUAAUUUGGACCCUCCAUCAUUCACCGGGACAGAUCCUAAUGAAGAUCCACAAGACUUUAUAGAUCAGAUCCAACGCACUUUCGAUGUUAUGCAUGUAAGUGGCAAAGAAGCGCUCGAGCUAGCAGCAUAUAGAUUAAAAGGUGUGGCUAUAUUGUGGUAUGAAGCUUGGAAGCAAUCCAGGGGAACAAAUGCACCUUCAGCUAUAUGGAAAGAGUUCAAAAAGGCAUUCCUUGACCAUUACCUGCCAUUGGAGAUCCGAGAGGCCCGUGCGGAUCAGUUCUUAAAUCUCCACCAAGGAAGUAUGAGCGUGAGAGAGUACAGUCUCAAAUUUAAUUCCUUGGCCAGGUAUGCUCCUAAUGUAGUUGCUACUAUGGGGGAUAGAGUUCAUCGAUAUGUGGAUAGAUUAGAUUCAUAUCUGGUUAGAGACUGUACCAUUGCUUCAUUGAAUAAAGAUAUGGAUAUAGCAAGGAUGCAAGCUUUUGCGCAAAAGUUGGAGGAUCAAAGGCAAAGAAGAAGGACACAAGAGUCAGAAAUAGGGCAUUCUAAGAGGGCUAGAUCUAUGGGGCAGUUUAUAGCAUCCCAAGCUAGUACCCCACCUCAAUUUCAAGGGUCUAGGGGCAAUCAAUUUGGGCAAAGAGGUGAAAGUCAAGGUUCACGAACAGCGGGAUACCAAGAGCAGGGAAGUAUGAGCCAAUCAAGACCUCCUCGAGAGUUUUGUAAACAAUGUGGAAGGAAUCAUUUAGGUGCAUGUCGGUUUGGGACAAAUGCUUGUUUUUGGUGUGGUACACCAGGUCAUAUGAUGAGAAAUUGCCCUCAUAGAGGUGUGGGUGGUGUGGCACCACCUACUAGGUCAGUUGUUGCAUCCUCGUCAUCAGCACCUUCUUUAGGUAGAGGACAGAUGCCUACUGGUCGUGGUAGAGGAGCUAGGGGAGCAGCUAGUUCUAGUGGAGUUCAGAAUCGCACAUAUGCUCUCGGGGAUCGACAAAAUUUGGAAGCCUCGCCGGAUGUGGUUACAGGUACAUUGUCCAUCUUUUCACAUAUUGUAUAUGUAUUAAUUGAUCCGGGGUCUACACUAUCAUAUGUUACUCCAUUGAUUGCUGAAAAGUUCAAAAGAACACCAGAAUUAUUAGUGAAGCCAUUUGAGGUGUCUACACCGAUUGGUGACUCUAUUAUAGCUAGAAGGGUUUAUCGUAAUUGCAUUGUAACCGUUUGUGAUCGUGAUACGUUGGCUGACCUUGUUGAGCUAGAAAUGGUGGAUUUUGAUGUUAUAAUGAGUAUGGAUUGGUUAGCUUCUUGUUAUGCCACGGUAGAUUGCCGAACGAAGACGCUGCAUUUCUAUUUUCCAAAAGAGGCCGUUCUUGAAUGGAAAGGUAAUAUUGGGACAUCAAGAGGUAAAUUUAUUUCCUAUUUUAAGGCAAAGAAGAUGAUGUCCAAAGGAUACAUAUGUCAUUUAGUGAGAGUGAGAAAUAUAGAUGCGGAGCCACCAACUCUUCAAUCCAUUCCAGUGGUAAAUGAAUUUCCCGAUGUAUUUCCUGAAGAUCUUCCGGGUUUGCCUCCAGAACGAGAAAUAGAGUUUGGUAUUGAUGUGAUUCUAGAUACUCAACCUAUAUCCAUCCCUCCAUAUAGAAUGGCCCCGGCAGAAUUACGGGAGUUGAAGGAGCAAUUAAAAGACUUAUUAGAAAAAGGAUUCAUAAGGCCUAUCAUGUCAUUCGGGCUAACGAAUGCACCAGCAAUUUUUAUGGAUUUGAUGAAUAGGGUGUUCAAGCCAUUUUUAGAUGUGUUCGUGAUAGUAUUCAUAGAUGACAUUUUGGUGUAUUCAAGAUCGGAAGAGGAGCAUGCUAAUCACCUACGACAGGUGUUACAAAUUCUUCGUGAUCGUAAGUUGUAUGCAAAGUUCUCUAAAUGUGAGUUCUGGUUAAAAUCAGUGGCAUUCCUAGGUCAUGUUGUAUCCGAUGAAGGAAUAAGGGUUGAUAAUCAGAAGAUAGAAGCGGUGAAAAACUGGCCAAGACCUACAACGCCUACGGAGAUCCGUAGUUUCCUUGGAUUGGCAGGUUAUUACAGAAGGUUCGUUGAAGGAUUUUCUUCCAUUGCUGCACCCUUAACAAAGCUAACACACAAAGAAACCAAGUUUCAGUGGAGUGAUGAAUGUGAAAGAAGCUUCCAAGAGCUGAGGAAUAAACUAACUUCUACACCGGUAUUGGUACUUCCAGAAGGAACAGAAGGGUAUGCAGUCUAUUGUGAUGCUUCGGGGGUGGGCCUAGGAUGUGUUUUGAUGCAGCAUGGUAAGCAAAAGGACCUAAAUCUGAGGCAGCGAAGAUGGCCGGAGCUAUUAAAAGAUUAUGACAUUGAUAUCUUGUAUCAUCCCGGGAAAGCAAAUAUAGUAGCUGAUGCGUUAAGUCGUAAAAUAAUGGCAAGCACCUAUGAGCGGUCUGUGGAAAGACAAGGAAUAACUAAGGAUCUAUGUCAACUAGCUAGCUUGGGGGUUCGGCUUCUUGAAUCGCCUGACAAAGGGGUUAUUGUGCAAAAUGCGGCAGAAUCCUCAUUAGUAGUAGAAGUGAAAGAGAAGCAGUACAUGGAUCCUAUUCUAUUAAAGCUUAAGGAGAAUGUACAACAGGGUAUGACAAAGGCAUUUGAGCUUACGCAAGAGGGAGUACUUCGAUGUCAAAACAGAUUGUGUGUACCUAAUGUAGCUGAAUUAAGAAAGAGGAUUAUGAUGGAAGCGCAUCAUUCGAGAUAUUCUGUCCAUCCGGGGUCAACUAAAAUGUAUCAUGACUUAAAAGAAAUGUAUUGGUGGGGGGACAUGAAGAAGAACAUUGCGGAAUUCGUGGCUCAAUGUCCAAAUUGUCAACAAGUGAAAGUAGAGCACCAAAAGCCUGGAGGUUAUAUGCAGUGUAUAGAACUUCCAAUUUGGAAGUGGGAUAUGAUCAAUAUGGAUUUUGUCACUGGUUUGCCUCGUUCAUUUCGGAAGUUUGAUUCUAUAUGGGUAAUUGUUGAUAGACUGACCAAAUCAGCGCACUUCUUGCCGGUCAAGACUACUUAUACAGUUGAGGAAUAUGCGAGGUUGUAUAUUAAAGAGAUAGUUCGUCUACAUGGAGUGCCAAUCUCUAUUAUAUCUGAUAGGGGAGCUCAAUUCACUGCAAAUUUUUGGAAGUCAUUUCAGAAGAGUUUAGGAACACAAGUGAAUUUAAGUACAGCCUUUCACCCUCAAACAGAUGGUCAGGCGGAGCGUACAAUCCAAACACUCGAGGAUAUGCUGCGAGCUUGUACAUUGGGACUUCAAAGGUAG